CUUAUUUAUGGACACAUGAAAUGCCCCAUACAUCUCUCUGCUUUGGCUUUCUCUUGCAAAAUCUCAAAUCUCCAUCUGAAAAAGGAAAAGAUUCAAAAGAGAGGGAAGAUGGUUCUGUUUCUCCUGAUGAUCGCGUGUCUUUGCAUCUAUCUCCUAUACCUGCAGCGAAGGAAACAGGGGCUUCCACCAGGGAAUCUGGGCCUGCCCUUUAUAGGAGAGACGCUUCAGCUGGUGUCCGCGUACAAGACCGACAAUCCGGAGCCGUUCAUAGACGCACGUGUGAGGAGGUACGGGAGCCUGUUCACGACGCACGUAUUCGGGGAGCCGACUGUAUUCUCAACGGACCCGGAGGCGAACCGGUUCGUGCUUCAGAACGAGGGGAAGCUGUUCGAAAGCAGCUAUCCGAGCUCCAUCUCCAAUCUGCUGGGACGACACUCCCUCCUCCUCAUGAAGGGCAAUCUCCACAAGCGCAUGCAUUCCUUGACCAUGAGUUUCGCGAAUUCUUCCAUCAUCAGGGACCAUCUGCUCGUUGACAUCGAUCGCCUCGUUCGCUUCAAUCUCCAACGCUGGGACGGCCUUAUUCUUCUCCAGGACGAGACCAAGAAGAUAACGUUCGAGCUGACGGUGAAACAGCUGAUGAGUUUUGAUCCUGGGGAGUGGACGGAGAGCCUGAGGAAAGAAUAUCUUCUUCUCAUCGAGGGAUUCUUCUCUGUUCCCAUUCCUUUCUUCUUUACUACCUACGGCCGAGCUCUUCAGGCAAGGACGAAGGUAGCGGCGGCUUUGAGAGAGAGGGUGAGGGAAAGGAAGGAAAGGAGGAAAGAGAGGAAAGGGGAGGAGGAAAAGGAUAUGCUGGGGGCGCUGCUUGAUGAAGGUGAAGGAGGAUUCUCUGAGGAGGAAGCUGUGGAUUUCUUGCUGGCGCUGCUGGUUGCUGGCUACGAGACCACCUCUACGAUCAUGACGCUCGCUGUCAAAUUCCUAACCGAGACCCCUUCUGCUCUCGCUCUUCUCAAGGAAGAGCACGAAGGAAUCAGGGCCAAGAAAAAGGAGUCGGAUGCCUUGGACUGGAGCGAUUACAAGUCCAUGCCUUUCACUCAAUGCGUGAUAAACGAGACGCUGCGAGUAGCCAACAUCAUAAGCGGCGUUUUCAGGAGAGCUGUGAGUGACGUGCAUAUCAAAGGUUACACCAUUCCAAAGGGAUGGAAAGUUUUCGCUUCCUUUCGAGCAGUGCAUCUAGACCAGGACUUGUACAAAGACGCCCGUACCUUUAAUCCUUGGAGAUGGCAGAACAAUCCUCCACCGUCGAGCCCAGGUAACAUCUACACACCAUUUGGAGGGGGCCCACGUCUCUGUCCGGGGUACGAGCUAGCUAGAGUCGAGAUAUCCGUCUUCCUCCACCACCUGGUCACUGGGUUCAGCUGGUUUCCUGCUGAAAAAGACAGGCUCGUUUUCUUCCCCACAACCAGGACUCUCAAGCGGUAUCCGAUCCAGGUCCGGCGCCGGAAAAUGCCCUGAGGAUUUUGCCUUGGUUUGAAAAAAAAAAGAAAGAAAGAAAGAGGAAAUAAUAAAAAGGAAUUAAUGUUAGUGUAGGUGUAAGCUCUUUGUAAUUUUUAUUAAUAUUAGAAAUAUAAUAAUAUCUUUAAAUCUCAUCUUCUAAUGA